AUCAAAUCUUGUUCAAGAGACAUUCUGCUUCUACCGCAAGCUGCUCGGGCUGCACAAUGCUCGCCUUGAGCCCCGUAGCACUGGAGAAAGAUGACCGAACAAGGCCGCGGCAGAUCCGCUCUUGUCCUCUACGGGACAGAAACCGGCACAGCACAAGACCUGGCUGAAGAGGUCGGCCGCACUCUGGAAAGGCUUCAUUUCUACACAGAUGUCCUGGGACUAGAGAAUGUCAAUCACAGCCUCCUACAUCAAUACACUCUUACAGUCUUCGUUGUUGCCACGACUGGACAGGGCGAUUUCCCAGAGAAUGCUCGCAGAUUUUGGACCAGCCUUCUCCGCAAGAAGCUGGCUGCCACCACCCUAGCAGGCGUUGAAUAUGCGCUCGCCGGCCUAGGGGACACCUCGUACCCCAAGUUCAACUGGGCUGCAAGGAAGCUGGAUAAGAGGCUUCGUCAACUAGGGGCAUCGUCAAUUGUCGAGCCAUGCGAGGCUGAUGAACAAGGGGACGAGGGUACCGAUGGCGCUUUUCUGGCUUGGCUUCAACAGUUUAGGAAGUCUAUAUUAACGACAUUUCCGCUUGCCGAUGAUCAGAUCCCCAUUCCGAAUGAUGUUCUGCUGCCUAGUAAAUGGCGGCUGCAAAAGACAUUCGAUCACCUCGAUACAUCCGUUACUUCGCCGAUCGCCAACGGCACCUACCCGCCUUCCUCAGCUGCUGGACGAAACUCUUCUUUGAAUUCAUUCUCCGUAUCUUUGGAGACUAACCAACGGGUCACCCCGUCUGAUCACUGGCAAGACGUUCGGUUUCUGAGCCUCAAAGCCUCGACAAAAUUUGAUUACAUGCCUGGCGAUGCACUCGCCAUCUCUCCUCGAAAUAUGCCAGCGGACGUGGAAUCUCUGAUCAACCGCAUGAGCUGGCAACAAAUUGCGGAUACGCCUAUCCGGCUCGUCUCGACGCGGUCGUCUUCGACUCUCACUUCAAGCAAUCUUGCAGCUAACGCCAUCUUCAGCCGUCCCAGUCUCACCCUCCGAGUCCUUCUCACUGAGCAUUUGGACAUCAACGCCAUUCCUCGCCGCUCGUUCUUGGGCUGCAUCGCGAAUUACACAAGCAACAGCAUGCACAAAGAGCGACUCCUCGAGUUCACCGACCCGCAAUAUCUCGAUGAAUACUACGACUACGCGACCCGCCCUAGGCGGAGCAUUCUCGAGAUUUUGCAGGAAUUCGACUCCGUGCAUCUACCGUGGGAGGAAGUCACCAAUAUCUUUCCGCCAAUGCGGCCGAGGCAGUUUAGCAUUGCCAGCGGUGGACUCUUGAAGAGCUCGGAAGACGGAUCGACCAAGUUCGAGCUGUUGGUCGCAAUCGUCAAGUACAGGACCGUCAUCAAGCGGAUCCGAGAGGGCGUGUGUACACGGUACCUGGCGCAGUUACCGGUUGGGACAACGCUUCAAGUCUCGCUGAAGACAGAGGGCCGCUUCUCCACGGCCGGCGAGUUGACGACCGGCCAAAGCCACGUCCUGAUCGGCGCGGGCACGGGCAUCGCACCUCUGCGAGCUCUCAUUCACGAAAAGGCCAUGCACGGCCAAGUCUCGGGCAAGACGGCCCUCUUCUUCGGCUGCCGCAACGAGAAGUCAGACUACUUCUUCCGCGACGAAUGGGCGGCACUUCGCACCCGCGUUCCCCCGAGUGCCGGCCUCGAAGUCAUCACGGCGUUCUCUCGAGAUCAGCGGUCCAAGGUCUACGUGCAAGAUCGCCUCCGCGAGCGGAGUCAGUUGAUCUGGCAGUUUCUCAGAGAACAGGGCGCGACGGUCAUUGUGUGCGGGUCCUCCGGGCAGAUGCCCAAGGCCGUCAGGCAGGCUUUGGUCGAUGCGCUCGCCCAGCAAGCAAAGAGCGCGAAGGACGAGGGAAAUGCCGUCACCGGAGACCGAAUGGGAGACGAAGAGGAGGAAAGUGCCGAGAUCGAAGAGCCGAUCCACAGUGCCGAGGAUGCGGAAAAAUACCUCGCGAGGCUGGAGAAACAAGGGAGGUACAGACAGGAAACGUGGUAGUAUAACAUUGGGGACAAUAAAUAGUACAAUUUGUCCCGUAUAUAGAUUCUGGCGCGGACUACGAUGCACUUGAUAUGUUUGUCAUAGAAAAUAUUGUUGAUUCCAUGAGAAGAUAUAGAAUUGCGGCCUCGGACAACCGUGGUCGUUCAAGCCAGUAGAUAUAAAGAGGUGUUGCAUACCAGGAGUAACAUUUCCUUUUCGCAGAUAGCUUCGUACCGAGUGUCUCAUGUCCAAACAGAUAGCAAGAUUCCCG